AUGUACUUUUCCAAGCUCCUCCUCCUCGUCGCCGAGAUCACGGCAGUUGCAGCCCUUCCCUCCCCCGAGGUUCUCGAGGCGAGACAGGACGUCGUGGUUGUCAAGAAUGGCACCUUUAACGAGGUUAUGGGGCUAGGUCGUGACCUCAGGAUCAACCUGAUAUACCCAUCUGGGACCAACGGUGCCGUCAUGAUAGAGUACCAGCACGGCAAGGACCGUUCUCUGCUCACGAGCCAGAAUCGCGCCCCACCUCCUGCGCCCACGGGCUUCUACCCGCUCGAGCCCGUUUCGUACCGCAUGACGAUGGACGGCACCAACGGCGGCAACAACUAUGACUGGUUGAAGAUUGACUACGUCCUCAACCAGGAUAAGGUUGGCAAGCUCAACAUCGCAAGCGGCGUCAUCGGCAAGCUCGACGGCCAGGGUAACUUUGUGGUUGCGACCGAUGGCACCCUCGAGUAUGUGAGCACCUCUGAGCGCACAAUGCUCUCUAUGGACUUGGGCAGGAAAGGCAGCUUUGACGGCGAGUGGGGAUUCUUCAUCCCCACGUCUGAUGCCAUUGCCGGCGGGCUUACCACAGCAUAG